AUGUCUUUACGGGGUGUAAAGAAAGCCCUAUACAGAACUCCGCACCAAAUUUUUGGAAGCGGCAACAAAACUGUCGACGACCGUCAACUGAAGGCCUGGGAACAUGACAUUAACAACGCCAUUGCAGGUUUGGAGUUUCUUCAAUUGGAAGCCAAGAAAUGGCAGAGAUGUUGGAUUGAUAUUGCCACCACUUUGCUUCAUGUCAUUGGUGUAUUUAGUGAUAUUCAUAAGCCUUUGGACAGCUCUCGCAAGAGCAAGUCCGGAACUGGAACAGCUGGAUUUGAGGAAGAAAAGGCACCGGGUUCUUCGGAUGUCGAAAAAGGCGAACAGUUCACAUACAUUACUCAUCAUGAGUUGGCAGAGGCUUAUAAACUGGUGGAAAUGCUUUUCCAGGAUGUGUCGGCGACAGCGGAGUAUGAAUAUGAUAGUGUGGCAGACAGAUGCAAGGCGAUGAAAGAUAACUUGAAGGCUAUUUCGAAGCUUAUUACGAAGAGAAAUCAUAAGAAGAUUGAUUACGAUAUGUCCUUCGGUUCUUUAGAGAAGGCAAUGAGUUCGAGGACAACAGAGGCGUUGAAAGUGGUUCAUUCACAGUCCAAGAUGGAGCAGUCUAAGGAAAUUUAUCUGGAUUUGGACUCUAAAGUGAGAAUAGUACUCCCUCCAGUCUUGGAGACAUUGUCUGAGUUUCUCAAUAAGAUGGCCAUGAAAAUAUACUAUGGUAAUGUAGAGACUUUGAGACUUUUCAGGACCAACCUUAGAGACUUUGCUCAAUCGCAGGGUCUUUUAGGCGCGAAAGAUAUCACUUUGGACUAUGCAACUAUUGUGACAGAAUUUGGUGAUGCAUACUCAAUAGUGCAGAAUAGAUUGGAAUCAUUGGAAAUGCUUCAGGAAUAUAAGCGAUUGAAAGAAACAACUUUGAAGGACAAGGCUGUUGAUGGCGUCGGCAAUGUUACAGGAACCAUUGUUGGUACCACCGUUGGAGUUACCAGCUCCUUAUAUACCCGAGCUUCUAAGAGUGGACAGAAAUUGAGCUUGAAGAGUAUGAGAAUUGAAAACCCUGUCAAACCGUUCGAUAAAGGAGGAAUGUUUGCCACGGCGACGGAUCCAGUUAAGUACGAAUUACAAAGCCAGCAGAACGACGAGAAGAGGAAUUAUGAGGAUGAAAGUUCUUUGCAGCGGCAAGGUCCUCCUCCUGUUCCACUAAAGGACUUCUCUACCCAGAGUGAGAGUAUUAGAUCUUUUUCAUCGCAUGGUGACGCGGAUUGGUUGAGACCUCUUUCACUCAAAAGCAACGAUUCACCUAUGCCACCAAUUCCAAACAGUAUUGACUCUGCAGUUGAUCCAGUGCAACAUGACGGUUUCAAUGGGGAAAAUAGCGACACCACUACUCUUACUUCUUCGCCCCUUUCUGGAAGUAGAAGGUUCUCUUUCAAUUUGGUUGAGAACUCAGAGACAGCCAAAUACAUAUCGGUGGGUCUUGACCAAAUUAGAAGAAGGAUCAGACAAACCUUAACUACACCAAACAUAUCAACUGCACCUCUCACUUUUGAUCCUAACGUCUAUGCUAUAGAGGUUAAACGCUAUGGAGAUAUGGUUUUAGCCAAUUCCUCGAUUUCGGCGCAGCUUUUCAAAUCUAGUUUAACUGCCAACAACGCCUAA